AUGUCGAAUUCAAAAGAAAUUUACGAGUCAAUCACAACUAAAACUAUUGUAGCUGAAAUCAAUUUAUCUUGUAACGACGAACAAAUCGAUUCAAUUUCUUUGACUUCUGAAGACCUUCAAAAUACAAUUCGUAUUGAAGCUGAAAGUUCCAAUUCAACAAAUGAAUCAUAUUGUAGUAACAUAAUUGAAGAAUCUGAAUAUAAACCAGAUGUCCCUACUGAAUUUGUACCAGUUGUAAACAGCGUUUUCAAAUCACUAAAUUUGGCAGUAAAAAUGUAUAAUGAUUAUGCAGAAAUGUCAGAUUACAAAGUUAAGAAAUUUUUUGAAUUGCACAACCACCCACUGGAAAGUAUUGAGGAAAGACCUUAUACGAAAAAGGCAAGAAAGAUGUCAUAUUUUGAAAAAGAGUUUGUAGUACAUGCAUCAAAAGCUAAAAUGGGUCCAACAAUGGCUCACAAAAUAAGAGCAGUUUUGAAAGGAGGAUAUGAAUAUGUUAGGGUGAAGGUAACAGACUACAAAAACUUGAGGAGAGGAGUAAAUAUAAUCUUAUGUUACAAGGAUGCUCAAAUAAUGAUAAACAAAAUGAAUGAUCGUAGAGAUCAUUACCCAAAUUAUUCAUUUGAGUUCCUACGUGAUGGAGAUAUGUUGGCUGUUAUGUUUUGGGCAGAUGAAAGAGAAAAGGCUUUUUAUGCAGAGUUUAGAGAAGUUAUAUCUUUUGAUGUAACUUUUAGAACAAACAAGUAUAAAAUGGUAUUUGUUCUAUUCACAACAGUUGACCACCACAAGAAAUCAGUUACUGUUGGCGCUGGGUUGUUGAGUAGAGAAACAACUGAGUCGUAUGAAUGGCUAAUUAAUGCUUUUCUUAGUGCUCAUAAAGGGAAAGCACCAAAAGUUAUUCUAACUGAUCAAGAUCCAACAAUAAAACAAGCAGUGGAAUCCGUCUUACCAAAUUCAAGACACAGACUAUGCAUGUGGCAUAUAAUGAGAAAACUACAAGCAAAUGUUACUGACGAUUUACUUAAAAACAAAGACUUUAAGAAAAGAUUUAACAAGCUAGUAUGGAACAUGCAUAUCAAACCUGAUGAAUUUGAGAAGAAGUGGGAGUUGAUUAUUAAUGAAUUCAACCUAGAAGAUAAAAGAUGGUUCAAUGAUAUGUUUGAAUUACAUGACAAAUGGAUACAUGCAUACUUUAGUGACACUAGAAUGUCUGCAUUGAUGAAAACCACUUCAAGAUCAGAAAGCAUGAAUUCCUUCUUCAACACUUACUCGCAAUUUGGAAAUCUACUUUUACAUUUCAUGAUGAACUAUGACACAUCAAUUCAAAAACAAAGAAAUACACAAAAGGAGCUUGAUCAUCUAACAAAGAAGAAAAAUAGGACAAAUCUUGAAGAGGUAGGAAAACUUAUGGGCAUUUCUAUUUCAAAAGACAUUGACAUCAAUGUUCCAAAUGUUCAAAGCAAUAAAGGAAGUGGAAAGAAAAAUAGAAUUCAAAGUGCAACAGAAAUAACAUAUAAAAAUUCAAACAAGCAAACAAGAAGAUGCUCAGGAUGUGGAGAAAGGGCUCCUCAUAACUUGUGUACAUGCCCAAUAAAACUUACAGCAAAACAAUCAUCAAAAGCUACAUAG